AUGAUCUACCAAGCAUCAGUGACUGCACCGGUCAAUAUUGCCACACUUAAAUAUUGGGGCAAACGUGACAAGAACUUAAAUUUACCCACCAAUUCCUCCAUCUCAGUAACAUUAUCCCAGAAUGAUUUACGUACAUUGACUACGGCAUCAACAUCACCUGAUUUCAAAAAUGAUCAAUUAUGGCUUAAUGGUAAAUUGGAAUCAUUGGACACACCACGAACUCAAGCUUGUCUUUAUGAUUUACGACAAUUGCGGAAACAAGUUGAAACACAAGAUGAAAGUUUACCGAAAUUGUCUAGCUAUAAGUUGCAUAUUGUCUCGGAAAAUAAUUUCCCUACUGCUGCGGGCUUAGCUUCAUCAGCUGCUGGGUUUGCAGCGUUGAUUAGUGCAAUUGCUAAAUUGUACCAGUUACCUACAUCGAGUUCUGAAUUGAGUAAGAUUGCUCGUAAGGGCUCAGGAUCUGCAUGUAGGUCUCUUUUUGGUGGUUUUGUUGCUUGGGAAAUGGGUCAAUUACAAAAUGGUGAAGAUUCACAAGCAGUUGAAGUCGCCCCCUUGCUGCACUGGCCAAGUUUGAAAGCGGCAAUCCUUGUUGUUUCUGAUGAUAAAAAAGAUACUCCUAGUACUUCGGGGAUGCAAUUGACAGUGGCCACAUCGGAAUUGUUUAAAUGGAGAGUCGAUCAUGUGGUCCCUCAUCGAUUUGAAGCUAUGAAACAAGCGAUUUUGAACAAGGAUUUCCCGCAAUUCGCUCAAUUGACAAUGCAAGAUUCAAAUCAAUUCCAUGCUGUUUGUUUAGAUUCAUACCCGCCGAUUUUUUAUUUAAAUGAUACCAGUAAACGUAUCAUUAAAUUGGUCGAAAAAUUGAAUGCUGAUGCGGGCGAAACGAUCGCUGCAUAUACGUUUGAUGCUGGGCCUAAUGCGGUUGUAUAUUAUGAUGAAGUGAAUGAGGCAAAAGUGUUGCCGGCUUUGUAUAGGCAUUUUGGUCAUGUUGACGGAUGGAAUGGUAAGAAAUUUGAUGAACAAAAGGAGGAAUGGUCGGGUGUAUCGAGGGUUAUUUUGACUUCAAUUGGUGUUGGGCCUCAGGUGACUUCCGAAUCAUUGAUUAAUGAAGAAGGAUUACCUAAAAAUACAAAGUAG